AUGAUUCGUGGAAGAGAUGGCGUCCGCGUCAAUUUUGCCGCUCGUGUCAUCUGCUCGCGCAAUUGUAAGAGCCUGUUCUUAGCAGCAAAGUCUCGCACAUGCAGCCGAGGACAACGGUCACCAGGCCAUGCAUGUGCCCAAUGUCAUCGUCGCGGACAGCUCCUCAGAUUCGGAUAUUUCCUUCCUUGUCUAAGGAAAACGGCAUCGCACUUGUCGAUCACUUCAAGGAUGGUGACUGGCAGUUGCUUGAUGUCGACCGAAUGCAUCCGUCGAUACUGA